CAGAUUAUGGGAAGGAGGUACAGCUGGUAUGGGGUAGAGGUGGCAGUGCUGGCCUGCAUCCAAAACACAGCACUGGAAUACUGUGAUACAUGCAGAAAUUAAUAGAAAAACAAGUUGCUUACUCAUCAAGUUUGGUUAGUUGAAUAACAAAACCCCAUUCCAAAGCCUAUCAAGUAUAAAAGCGACAGUGGACCACAGCCUGCUGGACAUCAUCCCAGAGUGAAAUCAGCCAUGGGCAAGAUCAUCUUUUAUGAGGACAGAAACUUUCAGGGUCAUUCCUAUGAGACCAACAGUGACUGCCCUGAGCUAACCACCUACCUAAGUCGCUGCAAAUCCUGCAGGGUGGAGGGCGGCUGCUUUAUGGUGUAUGAGCGGGCCAGCUUUAUGGGAAACCAAUGCUUCCUAAGAAGGGGCGAUUAUGCUGAUUACCAAUGCAUGGGUAUGAUCGAGUCCAUCCAGUCCUGUCGUAGCAUCCCUCAGCACAGUGGAACCUUCAGGAUCAGGAUCUAUGAGAAAGAGAACUUCAGCGGUCAGAUGUAUGAGCUUAUGGAUGACUGCAACUCCUUUAUGGAUUGUUACCGCAUCUCUGAUAUCCUGUCCUGCAAUGUGAUGGACGGCCACUGGCUGAUGUAUGAGCAGCCCCACUACAGGGGCAGGAUGAUCUACCUGAGGCCUGAAGAAUACAGGGCCGUAAGGGAUAUGGGAAUGAGCUCCAUGAUGCGUUUUAGCUCCAUCAGACGCAUUACAGACUCCUGCAAUUAAUCUGUUUAUGCAAAUAAUAGGCAA